CUCAGGAGCCGAGGGCCCGUGGUGCUGCUGCCAGAGAAACUGGGGUACCACUGCACAAGUAUCGCUCACGAACGCCAUGGCUGCAGUUUCAUCCGAAGAGAAUGUCUUCCGGAGAGACCCGCGCACCGCGGGUUGGGCCUUGGUCGGCAACGCACAGUUCCUCGUGCUUCUCCUGUCCUUUUACGUAUACGUCGUCAAGAUCGGUGGCCCUCGCUUCAUGAAACAGCGCAAACCGUACGAGAAUAUCAAACCUAUCAUCAUGCUCUACAACGCUGCCAUGGUACUCGCUAACUGCUACUUCGUGGGAGCGUUUCUCUCCAGGACCUAUCUGGGCGGCGGCUACAGCUUCAUUUGCCAGGGAAUCGACUUUGAAGCGCGUGACGACGCGACCAUGAGCCUCCUGACCCACUACUGGAUUUACUUUUGGGUUAGGGUCUCGGAUUUUUUGGAUACCAUCUUCUUCGUGCUACGCAAGAAGCAUUCGCACGUGUCCCUACUUCACGUGGUCCAUCACGUCCUAGUAGUCUUCAACGGCUGGUACGGCCUCGCCUACGGAGCGGAUGGCCACGCAGCCUUCGCGGUGAUCUUCAACAGCUUUGUGCACGUGGUAAUGUACAGCUACUACUUCCUGUCCCUCUUCGGACCAUCCGUGCGGAAGCACCUGUGGUGGAAACGCUACCUGACCCAGCUCCAGAUGUUUCAGUUUAUUAUUCUGAUUGUGCACGUGCUGAUCCCGCUGUUCGUCGAUUGUGGCUACCCAAGUUUGCACAUCUACAUUGGGCUGCCGCAGGGCUUCUUCUUUCUCUACAUGUUCCUUCGCUUCUACGGCAGUGCCUACGACGACGGAGAGAAAGCGACUCAGGAUACAGCCGGCAAAACGAAGACCAAAUGACGCAGGAAGUAACGUUGCUCUCUAGUGCCCCGUAUUAACAAAACGCUGUCAUGAUAGAAUUGUUCGUAAGAGGAAAUACCAAUCUAUCCAGACGAAGGCGGUCAGCAACUAGCAAAAAGCGCUUACGAACGAAAAGCUUAGAGAAUUCGGCCCCAGGUUAUCCUCACUGUGUGAUCGAGAUCUGUGACAGUAGCUUGUACUUUACAGGAAUAACUUUUAUAUUUUUCUGGUACAAGAACUUGUCUGCUCGUCCAAAAGAAAGCAGGUGGUGUGGCUACUUCCGCUACACAAGAACGCCGUACGACAGCUACGCAUAGUCACCAUUCCAGUUAUAACAUUGGAUAGAUACAAGCAGUUAGUGCCGUGUCUUAAAACAGUGCCGUGAUGUUGAACAGAGUGAUAGACGCCAUUCAGUGUGCAAGCAGUGUGCAAAAAUGUUAAACUCAUUCUGUGGUGUGUAAUCACUGAACGAACGGUAAACAGGAAAAUAUCUCCCUUCCCCCUCAGAAAGAAGUAAACAUUGUAGUUACGAAACAUAUGAAGUGUGGUACAGAAAUAAACAGAGGCCUGUUCCAGUAACCUUUCUUUGGGUGAUCUUGUUCUAGUGUUCCAAUCUGUCAAAGUAAACACGUUUCAUAAGCCAAGAGUCUAGGCAUCUGCUUUUCUUGGCCUGGCAGCUGCACUGCGUGUUGUGAUCCCCUAAUCUACAGGUCUCAUAGCGGUCGCUUGGCAAGUACUUACAUAUUGCUUACAUGCUAAAGUAUCUAGUUUGUAAUGAGAGCUGUACUGUAAGUUUAAGCGAUCUCACAACUACUUAUGUUUCAGCUUUUUUAUAUUUUGCUGUCAAAAAUAAAGAUAUUCAUCAUUCAUUGAA